AUGAUCACAGCGAUGCGAAGGGAUGGAGAGAACCAAAAAGACGAGGGAAGUAUGGAGGUGUCAGAAGAACUGAGAGCUGCAAAAAAGCUUGCUGGAAAGCUUGUUGCUUACAUUCCACCAACUUGUUCCUGGAUGAGUAGAAGACGUUGCUUUCAUGCUGAGUUGGCUUUGCCCAAUCACCCUUGGGAAUUCUUUUCCAAAGCGAUCUUUAAUGGCCGCACAACUCUACAAUGUCGAGGCGAGCCGCCAAAAUUAGACCCUGAUCUUGGCAACAACAUGCGGACAGGGCGUCGCAGGUCUUCUGGACUGUUUUUUGAAGGGAACCAGUUAUUCGAGCUUCAAAAAGCACCAUCUUCGUCAUCGUCAUCAUCCGAGGCUUAA